UGUCAUCGUCGGAUCAGGUUCACUGGAGGGCGAUCCCCCAGGACUUUGGGGCUCCUGAAAGCUGUUGAGCGGAGUAAAGUGUGGAAAAUGAUCUAAUUUCCGCAGUCCAACUUCUAUUGUUUCAUUUUAACGAGCAGAUAGAGAGAGAGAAUAGCUUCAUGAUUCAGCGAUGGGGGGUAAAGGUGGCGCUUGGGUUGAUGGCGAUGUGCUUGGCUGGAUACAUUUUAGGUCCGCCGUUGUACUGGCACCUCAUUGAAGGAUUUGCAGCGGCAGUCACCCGUUCUUCUUCGCCUUACUCUUCUUCAUGCCCUCCUUGCAACUGCGCCUGCGAUUCUCAUCCACUCCUCUCCGUUCCUCGAGGAUUGAGCAAUGCCUCUUUUACAGAAUGUGCAAAACAUGAUCCAGAAGUGGGGGAGGACACAGAAAAGAACCUCGAAGAAUUAUUAUCCGAGGAACUGAAACUGAGAGGCAUUGAAGGUGUUGAAAAUCAGAGACGUGCCGACACAGCAUUGUUAGAGGCUAAAAAACUGACAUCUCAGUAUAUGAAGGAAGCAGACAAGUGCAAUUCCGGAAUGGAGACUUGUGAAGCGGCGAGAGAAAGAGCAGAUGCAACUUUAGUGGCACAGAAAAGAUUGAGUGCCACAUGGGAAACACGAGCUCGCGAAAUGGGAUGGAAGGACACGUUUGGCAAGUCUCAUUCUCAAUCUCAGGGAGGCUUGGAGACCAUGUGAAGUUUUGUUUUGCAUGCUCUCGUUGGUGUCACUCCUGAUUAACUAGUUGUUAGCUUUUUUAUAUAUGAAUUAAUUAAUUGGUUAACAGAUGCUGACAGAUAUUCAGAAUGAGUAACACAGAGAAAGCAUGCUUCAACCUUUGGAGGUCAUUUGCUCAAGUGAUGCACACAACAUGCAGAGCUAGAGUGUCGUAACUCAACUUUUUCGUUUAGUCCUAUCAGCCAAUAGUUUUUAUCAAAAACUGAAUAUUGUACUUUGAAUUGUGUUAUAAUAAAAAAAACAGUUGAAGUUAUUGGUUUGGAAGGAUAUACGGAGUAUAAUCUAUACAUAGUAUAUCUAUGUUUAUUAAUU